GUUUGCUGCGUUAUUACUGAUUUUCUAGUCAUGUCUGCCAGACGUUUGUUCCUUCAGCUCUUUCAGUAACAUAUUUUCUGACUUUUUUACUUGCUUAUUUGACACUGGACUUUCUGUCUAUUUAGCAGUCUCGUGGGCACAGAUUGGUUCUUUUCAGGAUACUGUAGCUGGAGUCCAUUAUUCCUAGAGCCCUCCCCUUCAUUUCUCUUUAUUGCUUUUGGUCUUUCCCCAACUCAUUUUAAGAUUGUUCCUCCAUUGUCUUGUGUUUACUCUCUUCUCUUCUGUAACAGAUAUAAAGGUCAUGUCCUCUUUUUAUUCUUUCCUUUAUUAAGUAUCCAUUAUGUCCCCCUCUCAUCUUUGUAGUGAGGGAGGAAUACUGGAUCUAGUCCCCUCAUUGUCUUUCUCCAUACACAGGAUUACACCAUAGUGAAGAAGACAUGGGGGGAGUGUGUGGCCCCCAGCAGCCAUCUCCAUGAGUCAGGAGGAUGGAGCAGGGCCUGGGGCCCCAUCACGGAGCCUCCACCUCACUCACUUAUACAUGAGAAGAAGAUCCUAGAACUCACCCACAGGAUCACUGAGCUGCUGACUGGAGAGGUUCCUAUAAGGUGUCAGGAUGUGGCGGUCUAUUUCUCCAUGGAGGAGUGGGAGUAUGUAGAAGGACACAAGGAUCUGUACCAGGACAUAAUCAUGAUGUAUAAUUACCCACCAGAGAUGGAUGAGGACAGGAACUACAUGGCUAAAAUAUUAGACCUCGCCUUAGUGAUGAUCUACUUGGUAACUGGAGAGGAUUACAAAAUAAUGAAGGAGCUUCCACCUCACUCACCAAUACAUGAGAAGAAGAUCCUACAACUCACCCACAGGAUCACUGAGCUGCUGACUGGAGAGGUUCCUAUAAGGUGUCAGGAUGUAGCGGUCUAUUUCUCCAUGGAGGAGUGGGAGUAUGUAGAAGGACACAAGUAUCUGAACCAGGACAUAGUCAUGAUGGAGGAUCACCGGCCCCUCACAUCACAAGAAAAUCCCAGUAAGAAUUCUGAGGGAAACUUCAUGUUAUCCCUGAAUGAUAAAGGAGAAGAUGAAGAUAUGAUGGAGCGCUCCUCAGGAGAAGACCUCCUUACCCCUAAUGUCCAUCCAGAUCUAUCCUAUAAUAAUCCACCUGAUCAUGAGGAACCUUCUCCUGACCAACCACACAUUGUUAUCACAAGGACAGGUCAGGAGAGGGAAGAAACUCUUAAAUGUGAUGAAUGUGGAAAAGAGUUUACAGACAGAUCAGAUCUUCUUGCACACAAAAGAAUUCAUGCAGGGGAGAAACCGUAUUCAUGUUCAGAAUGUGGGAAAUACUUUACAGAUAAAUCAAAUUUUGUUAUACAUAUGAGAAUUCACACAGGAGAGAAGCCGUUUUUAUGUUCAGAAUGUGGGAAAUGUUUUAUAAGUAAAUCACAUCUUGCUUCACAUCAGAGGAGUCACACAGGAGUGAAGCCGUAUUCUUGUGCAGAAUGUGGAAAACGUUUUAUGAGUAGAUCCGAUCUUCUUAUACAUGAGAGAAGUCACACAGGAGAGAAGCCGUAUUCAUGUUUGGAGUGUGGGAAAUGUUUUACAAGUAAACAAAGUCUUGUCACACAUGAGAGAAUUCACACAGGAGAGAAGCCAUAUGUAUGCCCAGAAUGUGGAAAAUGUUUUAUAGAUAAACAAAGUCUUGUUUCACAUGCAAGAGUUCACACAGGACAGAAGCCGUAUGCUUGUUCACAUUGUGGGAAAUGCUUUACAUACAAGUCAAGUCUUGUUACACAUGAGAAAAUUCACACAGGAGAAAAGCCAUAUCCAUGUACAGUGUGUGGAAAAUGUUUUACAAAGAACUCACAUCUUCUUAUACAUGAGAGAAUUCACACAGGAGAAAAGCCGUAUCCCUGUGCAGAAUGUGGAAAAUGUUAUACAAAUAAAUCACAGCUUAUUAAACAUGAGAGAAGUCACACAGGAGAGAAGCCAUAUUCAUGUUCACAAUGUGGGAAAUGUUUUACAAUGAAAUCUCAUCUUCUUACCCAUGAGAGAAGUCACACAGGAGAAAAGCCUUAUUCGUGUUCACAAUGUGCAAAAUGUUAUGCAGAAAAGCCAAGUCUUAUUGUACAUGAGAGAAGUCACACAGGAGAGAAGCCAUUUUCAUGUUCACAAUGUGGGAAAUGCUUUUCAAGUAAACCAAGUCUUGUUAUACAUGAGAGAAUUCACACAGGAGAAAAGCCAUAUCCAUGUACAGCUUGUGGGAGAUGUUUUAUAAGUAAAUCUUAUCUUGUUAAACAUGAGAGAAGUCACACAGGAGAAAAACCGUAUGCAUGCUCAGAAUGUGGGAAAUGUUUUACAAGAAAGUCAUAUCUUCUUACACAUGCGAAAAUUCACAAAGAAAAAACUCCAGUGUGAUGUAUAGGAAAACAAAUUUAGAAUCUCAUCAGAGAAUUCAUGUAGAGACAAUUUCAUAUUGUUGAUGGGAAUGUGAGAAAUGCCAGAAGAAGAAAAAAAUGUUUGAGAUGUCUGCUUUUCAAUUAUUAAAGAAGCACUCCGUUAUUUCA